GUGCUAUGAACUUGGCAACAGAAAGAGGGUAAAUCCCAAAAUCAUAGGUCAAAUAUUAUAUGCACCAUUCUUUAUUCACACUGCAUGUGAGACUAGUCAACAGUCUCAAACUAGGAUUACCUUGUGGUAUAUAUCCAAGAGAAUUAAGGUUAGACUAAAAAGCAAGUACCCAUCUUUUAGUCCAUCACAAGUGUGUGUAUAUAUAUAUAUUACAUCAAUAUUACUCAUCACACCUUGCUGGGCGAUGCUUGUGUUAGUUGCCAACUUUAAGAAGAGUAAUCUGUUGUUUUCGUUCUUGGUGUUUUACCCUGUCAAGUUUUGUGCUGCUUGGUUGGUUGCAAUCGCAAGUCAAUAAUAGGCCGCUGUGUACAGUUUUGAAUCACAAUGGCAGAAGACGAUGUUUACACCAAAGAUGGAACUGUUGAUUGGCGUGGAAAUCCAGCUGACAAAAACGAAACUGGAACCUGGAGAGCCUGCCCCUUUAUCUUAGGAAAUGAAUGUUGUGAGAGAUUGGCUUAUUAUGGGAUGAGCACAAACUUGGUGCUUUAUUUUAAGAAACGGCUACAUCAGCAUAGUGCUACUGCUUCCAAGAAUGUCUCCAAUUGGAGUGGAACAUGCUACAUCACUCCAUUGAUUGGAGCAUUUUUGGCUGAUUCCUACCUUGGAAGAUAUUGGACCAUUGCCUGCUUUUCAAUAAUCUAUGUUAUUGGAAUGACACUUUUGACAAUGUCAGCAUCAGUUUCUGGCAUGAAACCAACAUGUCAUGGGCAUGGAGAUGAAAAUUGCCAUCCUACUACUCUACAAAGUGCAAUGUGCUUCCUAGCUCUUUACCUGAUUGCUCUUGGCACCGGUGGGAUUAAGCCUUGUGUUUCAUCCUAUGGUGCUGACCAGUUUGAUGAUGCUGAUCCGGUUGAGAAGGAACGCAAGAGUUUUUUCUUCAAUUGGUUCUAUUUCUCAAUCAACAUUGGGGCUCUUAUCGCUUCUUCUCUAUUGGUGUGGAUACAAGAUAAUGUGGGUUGGGGGUGGGGCUUUGGCAUUCCUGCUGUUGCUAUGGCAAUUGCAGUGGUGAGUUUCUUUUCAGGCACUAGAUUGUAUCGGAAUCAGAAGCCUGGGGGCAGCUCCCUCACACGUAUCUGUCAGGUGGUGGUGGCAUCAACGAGAAAAUACCAUGUUGAAGUACCUGCCGAUAAGUCUCUUUUACAUGAGGUUGCUGACACUGAGUCUGCUAUCAAAGGAAGCAGAAAACUUGACCACACAAAUGAGUUAAGAUUUUUCGACAAAGCAGCAGUGGUAGGAGAAUCAGAUAAUGUGAAGGACUCAGUAAAUCCAUGGAGACUUUGCACUGUAACUCAAGUGGAAGAACUGAAAUCCAUUUUAAGAUUGCUUCCUGUGUGGGCCACGGGCAUCAUAUUUGCUACUGUCUAUGGUCAGAUGAGCACCUUAUUUGUGUUGCAAGGGCAAACCAUGAACACCUAUGUUGGAAACUCUAACUUUCAAAUCCCACCAGCAUCUCUAUCAAUCUUUGACACCCUUAGUGUCAUAUUUUGGGUCCCAGUGUAUGAUAGGAUCAUUGUACCAUUUGCUAGAAAAUUCAGUCGGCAUAAAAAUGGCCUAACUCAGCUUCAGAGAAUGGGCAUUGGCCUCUUCAUAUCCAUAUUUUCCAUGGUGGCUGCGGCACUAUUGGAGCUCAUAAGACUUAGAAUGGUGAGGAGGCACAAUUACUAUAAACUUGAUGAGAUUCCCAUGUCAAUAUUUUGGCAGGUUCCUCAGUAUUUCAUUAUAGGUUGUGCAGAAGUGUUCAUGUUCAUAGGUCAAUUGGAGUUCUUCUAUGAGCAAGCCCCUGAUGCCAUGAGAAGCUUCUGUUCAGCUCUACAACUAAUCACUGUUGCACUUGGACAAUACUUAAGCUCUCUACUUGUGACAAUUGUGACCAAGAUCACUACAAAAAAUGGAAGUCCCGGAUGGAUACCUGAUAAUCUAAAUUAUGGUCACAUAGAUUAUUUCUUCUGGCUAUUGGCAGGGCUAAGUGUACUGAAUUUGAUGGCAUACAUUGGAGUGGCCAUGAUGUACACAUAUAAAAGACCUGUGGGAACUUUGCGCUGAAAAUUGAUUAGUGCGUUUUUGUAAACACGCUGAAAAACCUAUAAAUCCAAACUUGUGCUUGUACAAUGGAAGUUUCAUUAUUCAGCAAAUUGCAAGUUUCCUUCACAAAUAUUGUUUUUCAUCUACACUAUUAGAUGUGGUCAAUUUUAUUUGUAAUGUAUGAUCUCCAUGUCAAAUCUUUUAAGCUUAUCAGAAUCUUGUAAAUUUCUUACUAUCACCACUGUUUAUAAACAUUUGAGUUCUGUUAGCAUUCUCUUUGCAUGUUAGAUCUUUUCAUCAACAUGCUUGCAAUGCAGGAAUCAAAGUUAAC